AUGGCUGCCAUCGGAUCCCUCAUUUUCUGCACAGACUGCGGCAACCUGUUGCCCGUCUCCAAGGGCAGCGAGAAGAACAUUCUUCACUGCGAGUGCUGCGGUGCGGAAAACAGAGAUCGUCCCUCCAGAACCGUCGUGACCAAGUCGAAGCCGUCCGAUUUCCCCUCGCUUUUGCGCCAGAAGCUCGAUAUCGUCCAGACCGUCGUAAGACACGAGCUCAACACCGAGAGAAUCGACUCCAACACGGAAUGCCCCAAGUGCGGCAAGCGCGGUAUCCGUUACUCCGAAGUUCAGCAGAGAAGUGCAGACGAAGGCUCAACAAUUCUUUACAACUGCGACUGCGGAGAGAGAUGGUCGGUCAACAACUGA